AUGAUUAAAUUAUCCUCUCCUUCCAUUUCCAUUUAUCUCUCUUUUGCUGUUUCUCAAUUUCUUUUGUACAUUAUUCUUACUCUUUCUUUACACUUUCACUUUCAUCAAUCCUUACUCGCUUCUUUUGAUUACCAUUUUCUCUAUAUCCAUCUCUUUAUUGCUCUCCCAGGCUUCUUUCUUUACCGUUUUUGCACCCCUCUCUCUCUCUCUCUCUCACACACACACACACACACACACAGACUUACAUCUUUAGCCUCUCUCUUUCAUCUUUUUCCUAUACAGACUGCGUUUUUAUUGAUUUCUCUUUGUAUAUCAUUUCCGCAACUUUAUCCUCUCUCUCUCUCUCUCUCUCUCUCUCUCUCUCUCUCUCUCAAUAGAGAGAGAGAGAGGAUAAAGUUGCGGAAAUUGAUAUACAAAGAGAAAUCAAUCUAUAAAUCUCUCGAUCUAUCUCUGUCGCCACACUUCCAUCAACCUCUUAUCUUUUCCUUUCAUCUCUCACUCUGUUUCUGUCUCUGUCUCUCUAUCUAUCUAUCUAUAUCUCGCACCACUUUAUUUCUUAUUUGUAGUCCCAAUUUUUCUUUCUCACCACCUCGUCUCUUAAAUCGACAAUUUUAUUUAAUUAACAUAUUUUUUACUCUUUCUUUUUGUGAAAUUGCCUUUCUCUCUCUCUCUCUCUCUCUCUCUCUCUCUCUCUCGUUCUCUUUCUCACUCAUAAACACGCGCAUGCGUCCACAUAUACACUUUCUCGCCUACUCUUCGAUUUUUUCUUUAACUUUUUCCUUGAUCUCUAAUUCUUGUGCUUUCUUUGCUUCCCUAUAUUUAUCUUUCUCUUUCCCUCUUUCACCCCACCCCUCUCUCUCAUAUUCUCUUCAAUUUCCCAUUAUUUCCGUUAUACAUUAUCUCUCUUUUUCUCUUUUUUAA